CUCGUCGCUCCUUGCACAUUUCGCUGAUCCAGAAGGCUCGCCAUGGCUGCUGCGACGUUGCUCUUGGCGCUCGCCGUCGUCGCUCUCGGCUCCGGCCAUGUUGUGGCUUUCGACCCUAACCCUCUCCAGGACUUCUGCGUCGCCGACCCCACGUCCAAAGUGCACGAGAACGGGGUGGCGUGCAAGGACCCGGCGGCGGUGGUGGCGGAGGACUUCCUCUUCGGCGGCCUGGACAAGCCGGGCGGCAAGACGAGCAAGCGCUUCGGGUUCACGGCGAACCAGGUGCAGAUCCCGGGCCUGAACACGCUGGGCGAGUCCCACGUCCGCCUCGACGUCGUGCCGGGCGGCGUCUUCCCGGUGCACUACCACCCGAGGGCGGCGGAGACGGCGCUGGUGCUGGAGGGCUCCGUCUACUUCGGCUUCGUCUCCUCCUACCCGGACAACAAGCUCUACGCCAAGGUGCUCCGCAAGGGCGACGUCUUCGCCGUGCCGCAGGGGCUCGUGCACUUCCUCUACAACAACGGCACCGCGCCGGCCACGCUCUACGCCUCCCUCAGCAGCCAGAACCCGGGGCUGGUGCUCCUCGGCAACUCGCUCUUCGCCGGGGCGCUCCCCGACGACCUCGUCGCCAAGACGCUCCUCACGGACCAGCACACCGUGCAGACCAUCAAGGCUAACUUCCGGCGGCCUUGA